CCACCUCCAGCUCCUCGCUUUCAUCAUCACUACCACAAAGCACAAAUGGACACAAAGAGCGCAACAGGCCCUUUUGCCAACCUCCCCCCGGUCUUGCAGCUCCUACAUGAAGCCAAAGCAGCCCAACGCAAGACCUUUGCCGAGCUCGCCGAAGCACUAGGGAAAGCCGAGAUAUGGGUCGCAGCGCUCUUCUAUGGACAAGCCAAGCCCUCCCCUCAGGACCUUCAAACCCUGUCCUCUGUGCUCCAGGUCCCUUUGAUCAAGCUCAGAGGCAUAGGUGGCCUGGGGAAAGAGUGGUGGCCGUACCGUGGCUUGGGGGGUGGGAUCCCGACGGACCCGUUGAUAUACAGGCUUUAUGAGGGUGUGUUGGUUUACGGACAUCCGAUCAAGGCGGUCAUACACGAAAAGUUCAACGGGGACGGGAUAAUGAGCAUGAUCGAUUGCCGCGUGUCGGUUGAGAAAAAGGAGGACCCGAAGGGGGACAGGGUGGUCUUGACUUUUGAUGGGAAGUUCUUGCCUUAUGCGGUUUGGUGAGCGGUUUGGAGGGACGGGGGUUGGCAGAGAUAUGAGUAGGCAGAUGUAUGAGUUGGCAGAGGGAAGUUUGUCAGACGAAAGGGAUUGGAAUGGAUUAACAAGAGAGAUU